AUGAGGAUCGUCAACAUUGGACCAGACCCAUCUCUGGCAUAUCGGCCAAACCUGGAGAAGAGUGAGGCCAAGGAGAAGACGGACUACAGAAAUUUUGAAAGUGGGAGUCUAUUUGACCGCGUCUUCAACACGUACAGCCUGAUGCACACCCACCAGACUCUGGAGUUUGUAAAGCGAAAGUACUCUGAAUGGACCCGCUGCACUCACACUGAGAUGAGGAUGAUGGAAGCCGUCAUGUCUCUGGACCAGCUGGUGGAUGAGUCUGAUCCUGAUGUGGACUUCCCAAACUCCUUUCACGCCUUCCAGACCGCUGAAGGCAUCCGGCGGGAUCAUCCGGAUAAAGAUUGGUUCCAGCUGGUGGGUCUGAUCCAUGAUGUUGGGAAGAUCAUGGCUCUGUGGGAUGAACCGCAGUGGGCUGUAGUGGGCGACACCUUCCCGGUGGGCUGCAAAUUCCAAAAUUCCAUCGUGUUCAGAGACAAAACCUUCACAGAUAAUCCAGAUGAAAAAAACCCAACAUACAAUACUGAACAUGGUAUCUAUAAACCAAACUGUGGCCUUGACCAUGUCCUCAUGUCCUGGGGUCAUGACGAGUAUCUCUACAGAGUUUUGAAGUUCAACAAGUGCCUCAUUCCAGAAGAGGGGCUGUACAUGAUUCGCUUCCAUUCCUUCUACCCCUGGCAUGCCCAUGGAGAUUACAUGAAUCUCUGCAAUGACAAAGACCUGCGCAUGCUGCCCUGGGUCAAAGAGUUCAAUAAAUAUGACCUGUACACGAAAACCACCGACCUGCCUGACGUCAAUGAGCUGAAGCCGUACUACCAGUCUCUGAUCGACAAGUACUGUCCUGGAACCCUAAAG